AUGCCGCCAACGAAGGGAGGGAAGCGGCCCAUUCCGCUGGGCGGCAAGGGCAAAGGCAAGCGGUCGGCCGGCCGCACAACCAAAAGCCCCAGUGGCAGGAAGAAGGGCGGCGCCCGCCGCGGCAAGAAGCAGCAGCGCUGGGAUUUGUACAUCCACCGCACCCUGCGGCAGGUGUACAAGCGCGGUACGCUCUCCAAGGCGGCCGUGCGCGUGCUUUCCUCCUUCAUUGAGGAUAUGUACAGCAAGAUCCAGACGGAGGCGGUCCACGUGGCGUGCAUCAACAACGUGAAGACGUUGACGGCACGAGAAAUUCAAACCUCGGCACGUCUCCUCUUGCCGCCGGAGCUGGCGAAGCACGCCAUGAGCGAAGGCACCAAGGCAGUCGCCAAGUACAACGCUUCGCGCGAGGAGGCCUAUGCGAAGGUGGUGUAA